UUUAUGUUUUCCGUGAGCCUCAUCCUGCUUCCUGUAUUCUCAUCCUACAACCAGAUUGUACACAAUCAUCAUGGCGACGCAGGAUGGAGCUGAAGAAGUCGUAAUGGAGAGUGAUGCCAAGUCAAAAGAAGCUGAACCACUUUGUGAGGAUGUUUUGAAAGGUGAAGCAGAAAGUACGUCCCACACAGAUGCAGGAAAUGCCACAACUCAGGACUCUAGUAUUAGCAAUGGGGACGAUGCAGAGGAACAGCAGGAAACAGUGGACUUGAAGAUCAUCUGGAACAAGAACAAAUAUGAUCUGAAGAUUCCUGUUGAUAGCACCGGAGCCAAACUAAAAGAGAGGAUCCACUCACUCACUGGUCUUCCACCGGCAAUGCAGAAAGUGAUGUACAAAGGUCUGCUUCCAGAGGACAAGACGCUUAGAGAAAUAAAGAUUACAAAUGGUGCAAAAAUAAUGGUGGUAGGAUCUACCAUAAAUGAUGUAUUAGCCGUUAACACACCAAAAGAGGUAAUUCAACAGGAAGUCAAAGCUGAAGAAAACAAGAAAGAGCCUUUAUGCAGACAAAAGCAACACAGGAAAGUAUUAGACAAAGGUAAACCAGAUGACAUCAUGGCGUCUAUUAAAGGAACAAAGGAACGAUUACCAACAGUGCCUUUAUCUGGAAUGUUUAACAAGUCCGGAGGAAAAGUUAGACUCACAUUCAAACUGGAGCAAGAUCAAUUGUGGCUUGGAACGAAAGAGAGAACGGAGAAGGUCCCAAUGGGCUCCAUUAAAAACGUAGUGUCUGAACCCAUCGAAGGCCAUGAGGACUAUCACAUGAUGGCUUUUCAGUUGGGUCCGACGGAAGCUUCUCAGUAUUGGGUCUACUGGGUGCCUGUCCAGUUUGUCGAUGCAAUCAAAGACACAGUCCUUGGAAAAUGGCAGUAUUUCUAAUGUGCCUCUUUUUUUCUUUUUUUUUUUUGACUGAUAAACUGAGAAGAGGAGCAAAUGAAAAAUUAAACUGGAGUCAAGAUUGAGACUUAAAGAACUCCUUGGAACAUAUUUGAAGGAAACUGACGGAUGCCUGUGGACUAAUCAUAUUCUUUUUAGGUUAAAAGUGCACUAUGUGGCAGCGUAACAUUUCUAAGCCCUGUUGAUCAUAUAAGGUUUUCAGCAAAUCCAAGGGAAAACAAUUGAAAUAAAAUGUACAGAUAUUGCUAACACUUUUCUUCAUUUAUUCUUAAAGAAAUAAAAAUUAUUUAAUAAAAUGAAUUCACCAGGUCAUUGUUUUUUUGUCUUCUCUGCUACACAAAACAGAGCUGCAUUUUAUUUUUCACAUGAGGACAAAUGCUUUGUUUCAAUGGAAUUUGUGUGGAGAGAAAGUGCAGAUUAAUUAAACCCUGAAAUAAAGCAUCAUUGGAGGUUAUAAGUUGUUUCUGUUCAGCUCCAUCCUUAUGUUUGUUCACAUUUUGCUUGAAAUAAAGAGUCCAAAACAGCAGCUUGCUUU